AUGGAGACCGAAUGGCAUACGCUCGGCAAAGUCCAGUACCAGAAAUGGUCCCUCUACGCCAUGGACUGGGCCUCCCAGAACGUCGUGGAUCUCCGCGACUACCUCGUGGCUUGUGCCCCUUAUGGAGGUCCUAUCGCGCUUUUACGGGACGUGAAAAAACAGCUUAAGGUCGCCGGGCCCGACACGUCCUUAUCUCCCCAUGAGCUGCUCCUCUUUACCGCCUGUGGACAGCGACUAGGCGCUGUGAAUUGGGCACCUUUUGACACGGCACGGGAAGCGCUCGUGGACAUGACGUGGACGGACGAAUUGCGGCUCCUCUGCGUGUUCACCAGCGGCACUUGCGUCACUUUUGGCUUGACUGGCGACGAAGAGACGCGGUUCACGCUGCUCCCUCCAGCGUCAGUGGACCGAAUCGCCACCUUUGAAGCCUGGGGCAGCGGCCUCGUGGCGCUCACGGAGAAGAUGGCGCUCGUCCAGGUGCUGGACGUGGACUCGGUGCGUCCCAAAGUGUCACUAUUGCCAGACUGCGGCCUUUCCGAGACGAACCCUCCCACGUGCAUGGCCGUGCUGGCGCCCCAAUUCCUCAAGAGCAUUUAUCCGGAUGUUCUACUAGGUACGACGAACCGCUCGCUCGUGGUGGUGAGCAAAGACGGUGGGCGCUCAGGACAUGAAGUUACAGGAGUCCAUUGCUGCACCCAUUUCGGCUGUAGCCAUUGCACCGAAUGGGUUGUUCAUGGCGUUGUUCUCGCAAGAUGGGAUCUUGACAGUACUGAACACGAUGAUGGACAAGAAGAUCCUUACGUUUGA